AUGGUGAUCAGUUUAAUCGAUUCAAUUCCUAAAGAAACACCUAAUACUACUACUACUACUAAAACUACUUCUGCUACUACUACCACUAUUAUUAUUAUUACUACUACUACCAAUACUACCACUACUACUGUUAAUACCACUACGACUACUACUACUACUACUACUACUACUACCACUAGUACUGCUACUACUACCACUACGACUACUACUACUACUACUACUACUACUACUACUACUGCUACCAAUACUACUACUACUACUACUACUACUACUACUACUACUACUACUACUACUACUACUACUACUACUACCACUACGACUACUACUACUACUACUACUACUACUACUACUACUGCUACCAAUACUACUACUACUACUACUACUACUACUACUACUACUACUACUACUACUACUACUACUACUACUACUACUACUACUACUACUACUACUACUACUACUACUACUACUACUACUACUACUACUACUACUACUACUACUACUACUACUACUACUACUACUACUACUACUACUACUACUACUACUACUACUACUACUACUACUACUACUACUACUACUACUACUACUGCUACCAAUACUACUACUACUACCACUUCUACUGUCACUAACAUUACUACUUCUAAUAAUAAUAAUGAUACUAAUGAUAAACAUUGUCAUUAUCAUUAUUCCUUUAGAAGAAACAACAGAUCAUGUGAUAGGCUCUUGUUUAUUGGUAUGUUUUAUUUUUCUUUCUCUAAAAAGAAAGAAACAAGCAAACAAACAAACAAAAAAAAACACUCAUCUUAUGAUUAG